CAGUGAUACCGAAACAUGGCGGUGUCCACGGCGCAGCGCCCGGCUGCGGCUGCUCCUCUCUUCAUUCUAACUUUUCUCUCGGCGUUUCUCUUCCACUGCGGCGCGGCCGACAGCUCGGCGGGCGGCUCGGACCCGGAGGGCGCUCCCCACCGGCGCUUCGAGUACAAAUACAGCUUUAAAGGACCGCACCUGUCCCAGCCGGACGGCAGUAUCCCCUUCUGGAUCCACACUGGAAAUGCUAUUCCUAGUUCAGACCAGGUGCGUGUUGCGCCGUCCCUCAGGAGCCAGAAGGGCUCUGUGUGGACAAAAAACAGAAUCAACUUCAAGCACUGGGAGGCCGAGGUGACCUUCAGGGUGUCCGGGAGAGGCCGAAUGGGAGCCGACGGCUUGGCCGUGUGGUUCACAACGACACAGGGCCUUGAUGGGCCGGUGUACGGAGCUGCUGAUCAGUGGAACGGAGUCGGGAUCUUUUUUGACUCUUUUGACAAUGAUGGGAAGAAAAAUAACCCGGCCAUCAUCGUUGUGGGGAACAAUGGCAAACUUGUUUAUGACCACCAAAAUGACGGCACCACACAGGCUCUGGGGACGUGUUUACGAGAUUUCCGCAACAAGCCGUACCCCAUCCGGGCGAAAAUCACCUACUACAAGCAGACGCUGACGGUCAUGAUCAACAACGGUUUCACCCCCGACAAGAACGACUACGAGUUCUGCACCAAAGUGGACAACAUGAUCGUCCCCCUUCAGGGCUUCUUUGGCAUUUCGGCCGCCACCGGUGGUUUAGCAGAUGACCAUGACGUUUUGUCUUUCUUGUUAUUCAGCCUCACAGAGCCAGGCGAGGAGCCGCCUCCAGUUGAAUCUGAGAUCCCAAAAGAGGAGAAGGACAAGUACCAAGAGGAAUUUCAGAACUUCCAGCAAGAGCUUGAUAAAAAGAAAGAGGAGUUUCAGAAAGAGCACCCCGAUGUCCAAGGAGAGCCAAUCGAGGAUGUGUUUGAGAGUGUGAACGACCGGGAGAUCCGUCAGGUGUUCGAGGGCCAGAACCAGAUCCACCUGGAGAUCAAGCAGCUCAACCGGCAGCUCGCCAUGAUCCUGGACGAGCAGCGCCGAUACGUCUCCGUCAUCACAGACGAGAUCGCCAAGAAGGGGUCUCAGGCCGACCCGGGACAGCUGCAGUCCACCAGUCAGCUGCUGAACACCGUGGUGGCCACGGAGCAGGAGAUUCUCAGAAACCUCAACGACUUCAGAAGCUCAUUCCAUGAGUCGGUGAAACAGAUCGGCAUGGCGCAGCAGCCCCACGACCAGGCGGGGGCCGCCGGGGGCUACGAGACCGUCCAGCACUUCAACGACAUCAAGGAGCAUCUGCACGUGGUCAAGAGAGAUCUGGAGCACCUGGUCCAGAGAAACGCUCAGAGUCCUUCUGAGAAAGUGGUGAAGUGCCCCGAGCCGCCGCCCAUGCCUUCCUGCUUGUCCACCGUUCACUUUGCAAUCUUCAUCGUCGUGCAGUCGGUCCUGUUUUUCUGCUACAUCAUGUACAAAAGUCAAAAAGAAGCAGCAGCAAAGAAGUUCUUUUGAUGAAAUUUGUUUAUGAAAAGAGGUGUAUAAAUGAGACUGUCCAUUUCCAUAAUUCUUUCGUUUGUUUGAUUUUUCAGAUUGUAAGUUAUUGUAUUUGAAAAUUUGGUUUUGCUGAGCGAGCUUGUUUUUAAUUGAUUGCAGAUUUUUAAUUUGAUCAGUAAAAUGUGUGUGAAUGCCAGUGCGAGACUUUGGUUUUCCAUCAUGAUGUAUCAUGUUUCCUACAGUAUUUCCUGUUGGCCAGAUCCUUAGAAUUUGUUUUUGUUUUGUUUUUUUUUUUUUUUUCUAAGCCGGAAUCUGCUCCACUUCCACCGAACUGAACUGACAGUAAAACGAACCUGAGUUUUGACUUGUGCUAUUUUGUAUUAAAAACACAAAACGAUGGAGGAGAACGGGGACCGGCUUGUAUCUGCAUCCGUUGAACUGUUUUGGUUUGGUCCAACAUGUCGGAAUCUGACAUUUCCUCAAAGUGAACAAUUCACAUAAACAGUGAACACAAAACUCUGACUUCUGAUUGCUUUUUCGUUUGUUUUUUUACGAAGCAAUCACCGCACACAGAUUAUCCACGUGGGACCUUUUCUCUGUGAAAGAAAAAAGGCUCAUCAAGCCUACACAGUUUGGAGAUUCUGCAUUUACAACAGUUUUUCCUCAUUUAGGGUCCUUAGUUUGUGUGAUCUGUACUACAUUAAACAAGUUUUGCAAAUACAGUGAAG